GUAUCUGAUGGGCAGUGUGAACGGUACAGCACCCUUCGUGCUGAGUCUGGAGUAUGUUAUUAUAACCUGCAGUUGUAUCAUCGCUGCAGUCGGUGUCACAGGCAACUUGUUCGUGCUGAUGAUAUGUGCUAAACUGAAGAAGGAGGCUGGCAUGUACGGAAUUUACUACGCCUCCCUCGCUUUAGCAGACUUCCUGCUAAUGGGACCGUGCCUUAUUCCGCAGAUUUGGUCGCAAUGCGAAGGACACAUCAUAGAAAUAUCCGACAGAUGGACCCAGAUCUGGGGGUUCACUUACAUCACAGCCCGAAUGAGCAGCAUCCUAAAUCUCUCUGUCAUCUCCCUGGAACGGAUGGUAGCUGUGUUGGCGCCCCACUUCUACCGCACCAGAAUUAACAAGUCGUACGCGGUCAUCAUCAUCGCUGCCUGUUGGUUACUGAGCUUACUGGUGGCCAUCUCUCCGUACCUGAUGAAUGAGGAUUACGAGUAUUUCAUUGGAGCAGCCAUGGCAUCUAUCAACACGGAACUGGCUGUUAAUAACACCACCUUUCUGGUUACUACAGACAUUUUGUCGCUCUACCUGCCUUCGUUCGUAAUCAUAGUGUCAGUGUGCGUGAUCUCGUGGCGGGUUCGGAGGAUGAGGAGGAAGGAUAACAGAGUUACAGUCACGUUACUAACGGUGCUGUGUGCUUACAUUGCCUGCUUCACCGUCUACUUCGUCUGGGUCCUACUCAGGCUGCUGCAUCUCAUUGACGGGUUACCAAUAUCUACCCAACUCUACCUUCAGAAUUUUGCUCUCCUGAUCCUGGGACUUCACAGCGCGGUUAAUCCUAUAAUCUAUGCUUUCAAAGCAUCUCAAUUCAAAGUAGAACUCAGGCAUAUCAAUGAUCAGUGCCUACUAAAGUGCCUUUCAUUUAUAAUGAAAGUGCGUCAAAAUUCGCACGUGUCAAGUCUGGGAACAAUGCACACACAAGCUAUGAACAAGAGUACUCUACACAGUCAGAGAUUAAAUAAUAAUGUAGAAAUGAAGGAUCUCAAUCAUGCUACUCCUAUAGUUGAUUGCUGAUUUUUUUUCCCAGUAAAUUGUCGGUGAUAACUGAUAAUUCACCGAUUCUAAGCAACAGAACUUGGUUUAGUGUGGCAUGUCUUUUUUGUUGUAAUUGUAGCUAAAAAUGGACAUAAUUUUUCAUCGUUUCUUCAUAAAGAAAAGUAUAAUUACUAAUAUAAAGGUUUGUUUGACAAUGUAAUUGUAAGUUUGACAAACUGUUUAAUUUUCGUUUUUAUGGCAGAAAGAGUAUGUGUUUGUUUUGUUUGGGGACCGG